UAACGUGAGCGGCCCGGCUGGGAGUUGUCUCGCGAGACGCGCCGAUCAAGCAGCUCGCGGGAAGAGGAGGAAGUGCGAGGGGGCCCGUCGCGGAGGCGCCAUUAUAAGUGCCUGGAAGCCGGGGACCUGGGCUUCUGUCGCCUCCAGAUUGCGACCCCCAGGCAGCUUAUUGACGUUCUGGAGGACCCUGCUAUCAGGAAUGUGAUUGUGCUGCAGACAGUCCUGCAAGAAGUGAGAAACCGGAGCGCCCCCAUAUAUAAGCGCAUCAGGGAUGUGACCAAUAACCAGGAGAAGCAUUUCUACACGUUCACUAAUGAGCACCACAAAGAAACCUACAUAGAACAAGAACAGGGAGAAAAUGCUAAUGACAGAAAUGAUAGAGCCAUUCGAGUAGCAGCAAAAUGGUACAAUGAGCAUUUGAAGAAAAUUUCAGCAGAAAAUCAGCUACAAGUUAUCCUUAUAACAAAUGACAAGAAGAACAAAGAAAAAGCUGUAGAAGAAGGAAUACCAGCUUUCACAUGUGAAGAAUAUGUAAAGAGCCUGACUGCUAAUCCUGAACUUAUAGAUCGUCUUGCUUGUUUGUCUGAAGAAACGAAUGAAAUAGAAAGUGGAAAAAUAAUAUUUUCAGAGCAUCUUCCCUUAAGUAAGCUUCAACAAGGCAUAAAAUCUGGUUCAUACCUUCAAGGAACAUUUAGAGCCAGCAGGGAAAAUUAUUUAGAAGCCACAGUGUGGAUUCAUGGAGACAAAGAAGAGGAAAAGGAGAUCCUUAUACAAGGACUUAAGCAUCUAAACAGAGCUAUUCAUGAAGACAUUGUGGCUGUGGAGCUUCUGCCCAAGAGUCAGUGGGUGGCGCCGUCUUCUGUGGUUUUACAUGAUGAAGGUGAAAAUGAGGAUGAUGUGGAGAGAGAUGAGGAGAGACAACUGGCGCUUAAGACUGCUGUAAGUGAAAAAAUGUUAAGGCCUACAGGUAGAGUUGUAGGAAUAAUAAAAAGGAAUUGGAGACCAUAUUGUGGCAUGCUUUCCAAAUCUGGUAUUAAAGAGUCAAGAAGACAUCUCUUUACACCUGCUGAUAAGAGAAUUCCACGAAUUCGGAUAGAAACCAGACAGGCUUCUACAUUAGAAGGACGGAGAAUUAUUGUUGCUGUUGAUGGUUGGCCUAGAAAUUCGAGAUAUCCAAAUGGACACUUCGUUAAAAAUUUAGGUGAUGUUGGAGAGAAAGAGACAGAAACAGAAGUUUUGUUGCUUGAGCAUGAUGUUCCUCAUCAGCCAUUUUCCCAGGCUGUUCUUAGCUUCCUGCCAAAGAUGCCGUGGAGUAUUACUGAGAACGACAUGAAAAACCGUGAAGACCUGAGACAUCUGUGUGUUUGCAGUGUAGACCCUCCAGGAUGUACUGACAUAGAUGAUGCCCUGCAUUGUAGAGAACUCAGUAAUGGAAAUUUGGAGGUUGGAGUUCAUAUUGCUGACGUUAGUCAUUUUAUCAGGCCAGGAAAUGCGUUGGAUCAAGAGUCAGCCAGAAGAGGAACAACUGUUUAUCUUUGUGAAAAGAGGAUUGACAUGGUUCCAGAGUUGCUUAGCUCUAACUUAUGCUCCUUACGAUCCAAUGUGGACAGGUUGGCAUUUUCCUGUAUUUGGGAAAUGAAUCAUAAUGCUGAAAUCUUAAAAACAAGAUUUACCAAAAGUGUAAUUAAUUCAAAGGCUUCUCUUACGUAUGCUGAAGCACAGAUGAGAAUUGAUUCAGCAGCCAUGAAUGAUGAUAUUACCACUAGUCUCCGUGGACUAAAUAAACUGGCCAAAAUUCUAAAAAAGGGAAGGAUUGAAAAGGGGGCUUUGACUCUGUCUUCUCCAGAAGUUCGAUUCCACAUGGACAGUGAAACUCAUGAUCCAAUAGAUCUGCAGACCAAGGAGCUGAGAGAAACAAAUUCCAUGGUGGAAGAAUUUAUGUUACUUGCAAAUAUUUCUGUUGCAAAAAAAAUUCAUGAAGAAUUUUCUGAACAUGCUCUGCUUCGAAAACAUCCAGCUCCACCUCCCUCCAACUACGAAAUUCUUGUUAAGGCAGCCAAGUCCAAGAAUUUGGAAAUUAAGACGGAUACAGCCAAGUCUUUGGCUGACUCUUUGGACCAGGCUGAAUGCCCUGAUUUCCCAUACCUGAACACUCUUUUAAGAAUAUUGGCCACUCGCUGUAUGAUGCAAGCUGUCUACUUCUGUUCUGGGAUGGAUAAUGACUUUCACCACUAUGGCUUAGCCUCCCCAAUAUACACACAUUUCACUUCUCCUAUCAGAAGAUAUGCAGACAUAAUUGUCCAUCGGCUGUUGGCUGUGGCUAUUGGGGCUGAUAGUACUUAUCCAGAGUUGACAGAUAAACACAAGCUUUCAGAUAUAUGUAAAAACCUUAAUUUCCGGCAUAAAAUGGCGCAGUAUGCUCAGCGCGCAUCAGUAGCUUUUCAUACCCAGUUGUUUUUCAAAAGCAAAGGAAUAGUAAGUGAAGAAGCCUAUAUUCUCUUUGUAAGAAAGAAUGCAAUUGUGGUGUUAAUUCCAAAGUAUGGCUUAGAAGGUACAGUUUUUUUUGAAGAAAAAGAUAAACCAAAGCCACAGCUUACUUAUGAUGAUGAGAUACCUUCACUCAGAAUAGAAGGCACAGUAUUCCAUGUGUUUGACAAGGUUAAAGUGAAAAUCACAUUAGAUUCAUCAAACCUUCAACAUCAGAAAAUCCGCAUGGCCCUUGUAGAACCACAGAUACCCGGAAUAAAUAUUCCUCCUGAAGUAUCAGACAUGGAUCUCAAUGGGUCAGGGAGGAAGAAGAGAAAACUUGACAAGUAGCUACAUGCAACAGGAAACUACAAAGACUGAUUACCUUUGACGACAACAACAAAAUUGAAAGCAUACUUACAAGCUCGUGUGCAUGAUAGUUACUUUUAAGUACAUUUCAAUAAUUUUAAGAAAUUUGCAUUUUUAUUGAGCUGCUGCCUGCAUCUAUCUUAUACACUGUGCUUCUGCAACAACAAAAAUUAUGCAGAAAAAUUCAUUUGAAUAUCCAUCACUUCAAUGGUGACAGAAUAGCAACUUCAGGGAUCUGUGAUGAUCAUUUAAAUGGAGUACAAUCUGCUCAUUGAAGAGCAGAUUAAUUUUUAUAUAAGUACUUUAUUUAACAGAGGAAAGAACUUGCCAAUUUCGGAGGAAAAUUAACCUUUUAGAAGCAAAGAACAAGCCUUUCUACAUCUUGAACCAUCAGUGUUUGUCAUUUGAUCAUUCUGCCAUUCAUUUGCCUACUGACAACACUGCUCACAUGUAUUUUGAAAAGCCUCCUGUACUUUACUAGUGGUCCUCAGACAUCUGUGAAUGUUUAGGGAUUAUGAGAAAAAAAAAAAAAUCUCAGGUGUCUUGACCUGAUUGGGAACAUUGGGAGUUUUGUUAUCAACAGAUGGUAAAUUUAGUCAUCAUUAUCAUUAUCCUUAGUCUGUUGACAAUGUUUCUGUCAGAAAGAAUGGAAGUGGAAAUGUCUGCUUUCUUUACAAAACACAGAUAACUUUUGAAUUUUAGUUAUAUCCAAUUAUAUAGGAGAGGAGGAGGGAGUGUAUUAAAGACAUAUUAGAGGAACAAAUGGAAUCUUAUUUGGUGGUACCAUAUUGACUACUUGUCUUGCAAAUUUCAGGUUAAGAUUGCAUUAGGAAAAUCAACAUUUAACUUUGUUUAGUCAAUUUGCAGUCAAAAUACUUCUGCAUGGUAGACACCGGCUGACAAGUCCCCAUGUAUAUGAUGUGGUUAUAGCUAUAGGCUUUACAAACACAUGGGAAUUCAAUAUUGUCGAUUUUUCCAAUUUCCUAUUACAGUGGAAAAUAUCUAUAUGUUAAAGCAGAACUUGAUUGAGCUGAAGGAAGACAAGCUUAAAGAGUGUUUGGUCCAAAUAAAAUGGAUCAGUGACUGAUAGUAGAGCAGGACACAGCAAGUCUUGUUUGUAAAAGGCCACAGCAUUUCAUAUGGCUGAACUAUAGCACAACUCUGCUGUAAUUGUACUUUAUAAGCAGCCAAACAAUACGUAAACAGAUAUGGUUAUGUUCUCCAAAAAAAAUUUCCAAGGAAACAAGCUUCUAUUCUGUGUCAACAGAGAACAUGGUCAGCCUCCCAGUGCCCAGGCUUUGCAUCUCCAGAUUGAAAGGGUGAAAGUACUUGUGGGAAAAAUACAUCUGUGCUAAAUGUGCUAAA